GUUCAUAGUUGAGCCGCUUCGCGAAGCACAUAGCUGACCCGCUUCCGAAGCAAAGAUGAAUUGCCUGUUCGUGCUUCUGUUUUGUUUUUGUACGGAUGUGUUAACGGCCAGUGUUGAUGUCAAAACUUAUCGAGGUUAUAGAGAAUAUCAGGUGGUAGGUGAUAAAGAAAGUCUUGAUAAGUUUGAAGAAAGUGUAAGGAGUUUUGAGGAACGGUUCCUCAUUAAACGCUACAGUGCAACUUCGCUUCAAACGCUCGUUUCGCCGGAGCUACUGGACUUUUUCCAAGAAACCGUUCAAAAGCUGAAUUUGCAAGCCACGCUCGUGUUUGAGGAUAUAUCUAAAAUAAUACAGCUGGAAAAAGACGCCAGUCUUAGGAAGAAAGGCUUCUCCUGGUCUGCAUAUUACGACAUUGAUGAUAUAUACGGCUACCUCCAAAACAUGAGCGUGACUUACCCUCAAUGGACCCAGCUAGUGGUGGGAGGGGAAAGCUACGAAGGUCGACAGAUCAAGGGACUGAGGAUCAACACUCCUGAAGGCAGGGCCGAGAGCAAGCCAGCCGUCUUCAUCGAAUCUGGCAUCCACGCCCGAGAAUGGAUCACCCCUGCCACGACCACCUAUUUCAUCAAUCAACUGCUCACGAGCGAACCUGACAUUGAGGCCCUGCGGAAUCAAUUCGACUGGCACAUCUUUCCGAGUGUCAACCCUGAUGGCUAUCACUUUAGUUAUACUAAAGACCGCAUGUGGAGAAAAACCAGAUCAAAAUCCAGCAAUGGCUGCUACGGAGCUGAUCCGAAUCGUAACUGGGACUACAACUGGCUUAAGCACGGAGCGAACAACAACCCCUGCGAUUACCAAGUCUACGGCGGAUCCGAACCGUUCUCCGAGGUCGAGACUCGAACCCUGUCCCAGUACAUCUCCAAGGUCGAGAACCUUCUCGGCUACAUCGCUUUCCACGCGGACGCUCAGAUGCUGUUGCUGCCUUACUCAGACUCGGAGGAGCAUAAUGAUAACUAUAAUGACUUGGUGACAAUCGGAAAAACAUCAUUGGCCUACGGGUACAAAGUGAAUCAUGCAAAAUAUGACGGCCCUGCUACCGCUGCCGAAGUUCUAUACAAAGCGUCAGGCGGCAGCAUGGACUGGGUGCGCCACGCCCUCGGCACGCAACUGGUGUACACUUACGAGCUCCGAGGGUACUACUUCUACUGGCCGCCAGCGCUCAUCUACCAGCAAGGGGACGAGGUCACUCAGAUGAUGCUAGGACUCUUCAACGAGGCUGAGAAUCUUGGAUACUACAAAUAGUUUUACUUUUGUUUGUUCUGAAGGUCGCUUAGACCGAAAAUCUUGGAUAUUCGUUUAAGAUUUCUUCUGUCAUUUACAUUAGUGAAGGAUUAUUGAGAUAUUAUUGAGUUUGUUUAAAGAUUUUAAGGUUAUUUUUUAACAUAGAAUUUCUCAUACCCAAUGCUCACGACUUCUAAGCAUGCACUAAAAAUGUCAAUGAAACCAAUAAAGAAAGUAACACG